AUGGCUCCUACCAGCUUCAGUACCUCACCAACCCAGAAGCACUAUGAUGUUGUCAUCAUCGGAGGUGCCACCAGUGGCUCGUCCAUCGCCUGGCACCUUAGCCAAGACCCCGAUUUCAAGGGCUCUGUUUUGGUGGUCGAGCGCGAUCCUUCUUUGAGAUAUUCUGCCUCGAAAGCGAGUAACAACUGCAUGAGACAGCAGUUCGCCACCGAAAUCAACGUGAGAAUCGCACAAUACGCUGCGGAUUUCGUGAACAAGUUUGGCGACAAGUUCGGUCCGGAUCCUUGCGUUCCAAAUCCCCCUAUUCGAAACUUUGGCUAUCUUUAUCUGUCUGAUUCUCCUGGUUUCACGGAGAUCUUGAGAAAGGAUCAGCAAUUGCAGUCCGACUGCGGUGCUGGAACGGCCAUCAUUUCUGCUGCAGAUGUCAAAAGCAAAUACCAGUGGUUCAAUGUGGAUGACCUUGAUGGUGCAAGCUUAAACACCAAAGAUGAAGGCUGUUUCAAUGCCCUCGGAAUGAUCCAAUGGAUGCGUCAAACUGCGCGUGAGAGCGGCGUCGAGUACAUCGAAAACGAGGUGUCCACCAUGCUUGUCGAACACGAUCGCAUCAGUUCAAUCACCUUGCGCAGCGGCGAGACGAUCUCCACCAACAAUGUGGUCAAUGCUGCCGGUACCCGCGCUGCUCAAGUGGGUUCGAUGGCAGGUAUCCAGGUACCUAUCGAAGCUCGCCGUCGUUACACCUACAUUUUCGAGGUCGACGAACCGCUUCCCGAGGACCUACCUUUGACCAUAGAUCCUACCGGUGUACACUUCCGAUCAUAUGCCGCGAAGGAUUAUCUUGUCGGCUGUCCACCAAUCGGUCCCGAUCACGCGGUUGACGUUGAUGACUUCAGCUUUGCGGAAGACGUCUGGGAGAAGAAAAUCCUCCCUAUCAUCACUCACCGUGUGCCUCGGUUCAAAUCGGCUCGGGUUACCAACUCAUGGAUGGGACACUAUGAGUUUAACACAUUUGAUUGCAACGCUGUCGUUGGUCCUCACAACACCAUUUCCAAUUUCUUCUUCUGUGCUGGGUUCUCGGGACAUGGAAGCCAGCAAGCACCCGCUUGUGGACGAGCAAUCUCUGAAUUGAUUGUCCACGGUGAAUUCAAAACUUUGGAUUUGGGUGCCCUUUCUUAUUCGCGCAUCCCUGAGGGACGGCCCCUGACUGAACGUGCGGUGAUAUAG